CAGACCUAAUGAAUACUUAGAUGAGCAGUUAUAUAUGUAUUGUGUUUUUAAGUUUUUAAAUUCUUCAUUUCACAAUCCACAACAAAAAUACCAAACAUUAAAAUUGAGCUGUAGUUUUUGAAUAAUUUUUCUGUUUAGGUUUAUUUCAAUCACAAUACGGAACUAUGCUUGGACAAGGGAAAGAAGUCGAAGAAUUAGGGAAAAAACGCAAAAUACCAAACUGGUUAAGUUGUAACGAAGAUUUGGCGAAACGUAAAAAAGAAUCGUACCCUUCAGAAAACUUUUCACAAAAUGAACCUGAAAAACCAAGUCCGUCCGAAUCAAUCUCAUUGGAUAAAGUGGAAAUUAAUAUAAAAAAAGAGAAAAUUGUAGAGGAAAUAUGUUCCAAUGCAGUGGACGAAAAACUAAUUAUAAAAACUGAAAAAUGUAGUUUUAGUGAAAAUUACAAUAACUCAAGUGGAAAUCAAAUAGCUGAUGUAAUAGUUAAAUUGGAACCGGAUUCAACAAAUAAUUCUGAAUCAGUAGUCUGCUCUAAAGCAACGCAAAUGAUUAUACCAAAUGCUUCUGAAAAUGAAAGUUCCUUUACGAAUAAAAUUAUUAAGACAGAAAGUGCUGAUGAUACAGGAAAUAAUUUAGAUAUUUCUUCAAAUGCAACUAGAUCAAAUGAUGUAUCAGAUGCUGCAAUCAAUGCAGUUGUUAAAAAUGAACCACAAGCCAAUACUUCUCAACGAAUAUCAUGUAAAUUUGGAAUCAAAUGUUACAGGCAAAAUCCAGUUCAUAGAGUUGAAGAAGCACAUCCUGGAGAUUUAGAUUAUCGUCGCCCUGAGUAUCCUGAGCCCCCGAAAGGGACUCCGAUUUGCCCAUACGGAAAUUUCUGUUAUCGUCGUAAUCCUGUUCAUUUCCAACAAUUUUCACACCCUGAUCAAUCAAACUCCAAACAAAAUAACUUGGAUCACAAAGAAAGGUUAAGAGAUAAAAAGCCUGUUUUGUAUAUGGCGGUAUAUCCUGACGAAAAUUCAUCAUCAGAUGAUUUUUCAGCAGGAUCAGAAGAUGAAUUUGAUCCUGCUGGUUAUCAAGAAAGUGAUGAAGGCGUUGAUGUAAAAGAUCAAGAUACUGAGGAUAGCGAAGAUAUGUAAAGAUAUUCAAUUAAUCAAUGUAAAUACUUUAAAAGCUUUUUAUUUUUCCAAUGAUACUUUUAUAUAUAAUAUAAAUAAAUUCUUUAUA